ACACAAGAGCCUGGGCCCCGCCCACGAAGCCCGCGCGGUGUCGGCCAUGGCUCCGAGCGCGCCGGCGGGCUCUGGCCGCGGGCAGGCGCCGGGCGCGGGGCUCCGGCAGGGCAUCCGCGCCGUGCUGCUGGGGCCGCCGGGCGCCGGCAAGGGCACGCAGGCUCCGAAACUGGCCGAGACCUUCUGCGUGUGCCACCUGGCCACCGGGGACAUGCUGCGGGCCAUGGUGGCCUCUGGCUCCGAGCUGGGCAAGCGCCUCAAGGAGACGAUGGACGCGGGGAAGCUGGUGAGUGACGAGAUGGUGGUGGAGCUGAUUGAGAACAACCUUGACUCUCCUCCCUGCAAGAAUGGCUUCCUCCUGGAUGGCUUCCCACGCACGGUGAAACAGGCUGAGAUGCUAGAUGAUCUCCUGGAGAAGAGGAGAGAGAAGCUGGACUCCGUCAUCGAAUUCAGCAUCCCCGACUCCUUGCUCAUCCGGAGAAUCACUGGACGGCUGAUUCACCCAGCGAGCGGCCGCUCUUAUCACGAGGAGUUCAGACCCCCGAAAGAGCACAUGAAGGACGAUGUCACUGGAGAGCCUCUGAUCCGCCGCUCGGACGAUAACGAAGCAGCUUUGAAAACUCGCCUGAAGGCCUAUCACACGCAGACUGCUCCCCUGGUCUCCUACUACAGCAAGCGAGGGAUCCAUACGGCGGUGGACGCCUCCCAGACUCCCGACGUGGUGUUUGCCAGCAUCCUGGCAGCCUUCUCGAGAGCGACAUGUAAAGACCUGGUUAUGUUCGUUUAGGGCUCCGUCCCAGGACAGAGCUCUCCCUUUUCCCUCUCGCUGUCUCUAUCUCUGUCUCUGACUGUCUGGGCAGGGAGGGUGACGCACUGAGCAGAGUAGAGGAGGAGGGGAUAAGACAAUGCAGCCCAAGACCAGGCUGUGCUGGUUCACUAUUAAACAAGCUGUUAACGGUCUCCAUCUCGGUAUAUGGAACAUCCUCUGUCUGCGGUGCCGGAGUUGUGGCCCCUAGAGGUCGCAGCGAGCCCGAGCACCGGCUCCAGAAACAGGGUUCGCACCCCUUUGGCUCCAAAGGCUUCGGUUUCCUUGUGGAGCUCUGCAGUCCCGGCUCCUCCUGGCUGCUCUGCAGGGAACAGGGUUGGAGAUAGGACUGAGCAGAGCGGGGGAAGGACCUUUGUGGGGUGCUGGGUAGGUGAUGCUCCCUGCCGGCUGGAGGAGAUGGAGUGUGGGGUUGCUUGUGGGACGCAUGGGAAGGGCUCCGUGUCUGUCGGCCGGGGAGGGACAGCGUGGCUGCUGCACGGAGCAGGGUGAGAACCUAUUCCUGUCAUAUGUGUGUUAUUUCAGCCUCUCCUCUCCGUGCCCCUAGUAUAGUAAAUAUUAGUGAGAUGCUUUUUGCUUUUUAUAGUGCGUGAAGUCUCUGGCUGGAGCCCAGCAGUUGCUCUGUGUGGCAAGCUGGGAUCUCCCCAGGGCAAGAGAAGGACUUGGGGUUUAUCCCUUCACUCUUGCCUUGGCUUUGGCCAGGAGAUGUGUUGAACUUCUCCUGAUCCCAAAGUCUAAAUAAGGCCUCAUUGCAAAACAAUUGAUUUUCCAAGGCCUGAGAGACGGCGUUGUUAACCACUGGCUUCACGUGCCCUUGAGCCAGCGGCCUUCAUUGUGAGCUCAUGGAAAUGUAUUUGUUUCUGGAGCAAACCAAGCCGCUCUGUGGGGCAUCGUUAGUGCCUUAGCAUCUCCGGGCUGUUAUGCUGCUACAUGGUGACCCUGCAGGGCUGCCGAGGACCUUUGUCCUGCGGGGUUCCAGCCCUUCCUGGAGGAACAUGCUGUAAAUGCAGGCGGGUGCAGAUCAAACUUUGUCCUUUGGCCUCCCGUUUACCGAUUUGGUGUUACGGGGUGCCCUGCUCUUCCAAAGAGCUGGCCUUGUCUCCCUCUGCGCACUGAGCCGUCUCUGUCCAGAGCAGAUGCCUAAUCCUCAGGAAUCCUUUGCUCUUUUUCUUGGUUGUUUCUUUUCAUCUGAAAAUUGCUCUUUGUCCUUAUGCGUCCUUUCCAGGAAACAACCUCUUCCCUUCCAGCAAACUGGAAGUAACUCCAGGAACUGAAAGCAGGCGACCGUUGCUCUUGAAAGCACGUGACUGUGGGGAAAGAGGGUUUGAAAGCAAGCGGUGCUGGCUUCCUCAGCAGCCUGCAAUCCCCUGGGAUCUCCCAGAUGGCCCUCGCCUUGUCCAUCGUCUCCUGCUUUCCCGUGAAAGGGCAGCCCUGGCGUGUGGCCUGGAUCGUGGGAGGUCGGGAUAGCACUCAGUGUAGGACUGCCGUGCUCCGGGGGGCUGAGGGAGUCCGAGCUGCCCUGGCACCUCGAAGGCUGUACAGAAAUUGCCAAUGGAAGCAGCUCUUGGUGUCUUGGAGAGUCAGGAGAGCUGUGCUCCCUGCACGCUGCUGGAAUGGCAAGAGGAAUGCUGUCCGGUUGGUGUGCUGGGAUUUGGUCAAGGUUUUACUCGGCAGCAAGAACAAUGUGUUCUUCCCUUCUCUGUUCCUUUUCUGUGUGUGCUCACUUUGCAUCCAACUCGACGGCCUUUUUCUGCCAUAAACUGUGAUUAAUUUUGGUUUUGUUUUCCCUAAAUGUAUUUUUUCUUUGUUCCCAUUUA